AUGGCUCAGUUCUGUGAUGGCGAAGAAGACUGCAGGACAGGCACGGACGAACGUCCGAGGAGAUGUGCUAUGUACGCAGACCGAUUUCCGUGUAUCCGGUCCAACCGGUUUGUAUCCAGAAACAGCAUCUGUGACGGCAUACCGGAUUGUGUGGAUGCUUCAGACGAAGAUGCCUGUAUUGAUUGGGUGGUAGAGGGACCUGAUGACUGGCUGCAGAUUACCCUGGAAGCGCCCGUACAGCUUACCGGAGUGGUUGUUUCCGGUUUAAGCCGAUCGCAGACUCUCACAUUUUCGUUGAAGUACGGGGUUUGGGCCGACUGUUUGGCAGAGUAUACGGAACUGGACGGACGGACGCACAACUUCACCAGUAGUGCUGACAAAGACGAGCAUUACCUGGCCAUAGCAGUGCCGGCCAGGGUGGUGAGGCUUACACCGGAAUCACGGCUGGGCAGGACUACAUGGGGGAAAAUUGCCAACUUCACUUGGAGCGAUGGAAGUCCUGCGGGUGACGCUUUCAGGGAACAGGACAUUUCCUUCGACGGUUUCCCGGAAUACAUUUGGAGGCUUAAUGACCCCUUCUGUGCCUUUCUAGAAGACCACGGCCCAUGGAGUCUUCAGCCUUGCAGCCUGAUUGAGAAAGAAUUCAUCUGCGAGAAAGAUCCGGCAUCGUACUUUGCCGAUGGCUGUGAAACUACCACAACCCAUACUGAGUUAGGACAUGUAGAGGAGGCUGGCAGGGACGAACUAAGUGUACAUAUUCCGGACAUGACAGCGUGCGACGAUUGCAUGGCCAGGGAAACGUCCUGUGGGUAUGUCCUUUGUGGCAUACCCGACCAAUAUCGCUGUGGGCUGAUCUACACCCCCGGAUACCCACACGCCUUCCCUUCUUCAGCCAUCUGUCUGUGGACCAUCGAAGGUCCUCCAGGAAGCUACGUCACGCUUGUGCUGCUGGACGUAGAUUUGCCCUGCGCCAGCCGCGUGCUGCAGGUCAGGGACAGGUUCCUGACGGUAGGGUGGAACACGAUCCACGGGCUGUGUCGCGGCGAGGGCGAACAGAAGCGUUAUGUGUCGAGCUCCGAUGAGAUGCGUUUGGUCAUGCUUGCGACGAGUCACAUUGCUGAUUUUGGCGCUAGUCGCGGGUUUAUAGCGACGUACAACGUCAGUAAGUUCAGCGCCAGCCGACAGGUGGAGGGCAUUCCUGAUGAUGCAGGUUUCAUCUGCCCAUGUGGUUGGCGCUUGUUCCGCCGAAACUGCUACCAUACCGUCCACCAUCACGUACGGGUGAACUGGGAGGAGGCAGACGUCAAGUGCCGAGAGUUUGGCGCUAACUUAACCAGCAUCGCUGACCGGGCAGAGAUGGAGUUUCUCCACCUGCUGUUGGUCACCAACGUUGUCGUCAAACGCAUCGUUGAUCCAACGCUUUACAUUGGUCUGUACGACAUCCACCUGAACCGAACCUUCGUCUGGACCGAUGGCAUCCCGGUGACUUACAUGGACUGGUCACCCAUGGAUGUCAGAACCUGGUUCCCUCAGCCGGACGGCGCCAAGAUGAGCUACUGCGUUGCCAUAGUGAUGAAGAACGUCUGGGGAACGGACCAGUGGUACGACGUGUCCUGCGAUGAACGAGCCACCAGGUCCUUCAUCUGCAAGCGUGCGGCCGGAAGAGUGACCCGUCCGGGAGACAGUGGCUAACGCAGUCAGAGAGGGCAGCUUAGCCGCAACAAAUGCUGUUGCGUGACCGUACUAGCCCCACAGAUAUAGCAGCGCUAAUGUUGUUUGGGCUACAUUGUUUGCCAGAUACUUUUGAAGUGAAGAAAGAAACAUACACACAAACACAC